AUGUCUGUUAAUUAUCUAUCUAUCUAUCUAUCUAUCUAUGUCUGUAGGGGUGUUGUAUUUCUUUCUUUUUUUUUCUUUUUUUUGUUUGUUUUGUUUUUUCCUUUUUUUAUUUCUUUUUCCUUUUUUCUUUUUUCCUUUUUUCUUUUUUCCUUUUUUCCUUUUUUUUCCUUUUUUCUUUUUUUUUUUUCAUUUUUUGGUUUGUUUUGUUUUGUUUUUUCCUUUUUUUCUUUCUUUUUCCUUUUUUCUUUUUUCUUUUUCUUUUUUUCUUUUUUUCUUCUUUCUUUUUUCCUUUCUUUUUUCCCUUUUUUUCCUUUUUUUCUUUUUUUCUUUCCUUUUUCUUUCCUUUUCUUCUUUCCUUUUUGUUAUUCUUUGGCUUCCAUUCGUGGAUUCCAGAUUUUCUAUCUUCCUCUUCGAACUUUUCCAUUCUGUCUCUCUUUCUCUCCUUUCCUUUGCCUCUCUCUUCCUUUUUCCUCCUCUCACUCUUCCUUUUCUCUCUCUCUCUCUCUCUCUCUCUCUCUCUCUCUCUUCUUCUUCUUCCACUUUCCGAUUCUUUUUCUUACUCCCUUUUCAGAUUCGGAUUCUCUCUUUCUCUCUUCAAACUUUCCACUAAUCUCUCUCUCUCCAAUUCCACUUUCCUAUUUCUCUCUCGUUCUUUCUAUCUCUCUCUCUCUUUCUCUUCUUCCAUUUUACCUUUUUUUCUCUCUCUUUUUCCGUUUUCCGAUUUUCUCUGUCUCCUCCUUCCACAUUGCUAUUUUCUCUUUCACUCUCUCUCCCCCUCUCUCUCUCUCUUCUUCUACUUUCCGAUUUCUCUCUUUUUCACAUGUUGAUUCUGUAUUCCCUUUCCACCGGUUACGGCUCUCUCACGCCCAAAUGUUUCUUUCUCCUUAUUCUCUCUUUUUCUCUAUCUUUCUCUCUCUCUCUCUCUCUCUCUCUCUCUCUCUCUCGUCUCCCUCUUCUAGUACAUACUCUGUCACUCCCUUUCUUUUUCGUCUUAUAACCUAUUUCAGCUACCUCCUCCUCCCUCCCUCUCUCUCUAUCUCCAUCUCUCUCAAUCUGUCUCUUUAA